AUGCCUUGCAAUUCAGCGUGUUCUGCGCUCAACAGUGAAGGCAACAUAUUUCAGUGUGGCAAAGAAGAGAUGGCAGCAAUCAACACUUCCGCAGCAAUAUUGACCUUGGUCUCCGACCUGAACCUGACGGUGGCAUGCUCGCCAACUGAGCCUAGAAAUGAUGGCGGGAGUCCUUUUACCACGCCGGGCGGAGGCUGUUACUAUUGGAAUUCGGGCCAACCAGCAGGAAAUGUGGACUGCGAUUCUGUUUUAAAUGGAAACCGAAUCCCGCUGUGCUACUGCGUUCCAGGUCCGCCAGCACCAAUUCCUGAUCCGAGUGGACCUUGGCUCGCGGGUGUUGCAUUCCAACCCUGCAGCCAUACCUGUCAGAAAGAGGGCUUCGCGAAUUGUGGCAAGGAAGAGAUGGCAGCCAUAAACUCCUCAGCGGCGCUCUUCACGUUGACGUCCCAUCUCAACCUGACCUGCAAUCCACCGACAGGGUCUCCCUUCCGGGAUGGUGGAGGAAGUCCGUUCACCACAACGAGUGGGAGUUGCUAUUAUUGGGACCCGAGCAAGCCUGCGGAAGAGGUGAAUUGCGACACCGUUUUGAAUUCAGGUCGACAGCCCAUGUGCUACUGCGUCCCUGGUCCGCCAGCACCUAUUCCUGGGCCACCUGAAAACUGGAUCUCGGCCGCUGCAAACCAACCUUGCAAUACCGCUUGCUCGAACGCGGGCUUUGACGAGUGCGGCCAGGAGGAGAUGGCUGCUAUCAAUUCCACCGCGACACUGAGCACAUUGCUUUCCCUUCUCAAUCUUACGUGCACCCCACCAGCGACUGGCAGCCCCUUCAGGGAUGGCGGCGGCAGCCUGCGAAGCCAGCGGCAAAGUUUUGCAAACAACAGGAAAGCCGAGCCCGAGCUCAGAUUGCAUAUGCUGUGCCGGUUCCUUUGUCGUGUGGUUACUUUCGACUUGAGGAGUUCGCAGAUUGUCGAGAUGGAAGCAGAGAAUCUCGAAGACGAGUUGCCGUACAGCCAGCGGGAGUCGUGGAAGGAUAUUUCUCCCAUUCCGCAAAACGACGGUCCACAUCCUCUUGCAGUGAUAAAGUAUCCGUUGGGCUUCGAAGAGGUUCACAACUAUUUUCGGGCGAUUCAGCAGCGCAAUGAGACCAGCGAGAGGGCGCUGCACUUGACUGCUGAUGUUAUCGAGCAUAACUCAGCCAACUACACGGCUUGGUACUAUCGGCGGCGGUGCCUCAAAGAUUUGGGCAUCGACCUGGAAGACGAGCGAGUGUUCACUGAUAAGUGGGCUAGAGACUGCCCGAAGAACUACCAGGUGUGGUACCACAGGCGGUGGCUCGUGUCGGAGAUGGCGGCGCGAGCACGUUCCCACACGCCAGGCCCAGAAGCCGAAGCGACCAUCCAGCAAAUAGCCAAGACCGAGCUGGACUAUCACUUGGAGUGUAUGCGGGUGAACAGUGACUACAAGAAUUACAACGGCUGGUCUCAUCGACAGUACAUACUGCAGCAAUUCAAUAUGUGGCAUGAAGAGCUCCCUUUCGUGGAGCUCUUGUUGGAAGAAGACAUCCGCAACAAUUCUGCCUGGAACCACAGGUACACUGUGGUUCGAAAUCAAAGCUGGCCACUGACAGACAGCAUUCGCGAUCGUGAGCUGGCUUUUGCCAUGCAAGCGAUCCGGAAAUGUGCAAGCAACGAGUGUGCCUGGAACUAUUUGUCCGCUUUCCUGGGCGAAGGAGAUGGGAAGGUUCCCUGGACUUCGGCACCGGCGCUUGAGAUGCUCUGUCGCGAGGUGAUUCAUGCCGCAGAUAAUCAGGGCCCAUCCUGCUGCUUCGCCAUCCAAGCCCUCGCCAACAUCCACGAGGCAAGGGGAGAAGUCCAAGCAGCCCUUGACCAGUACGAGAGGCUGAAGGAGCUGGAUAGAAUAAGGGCGAAAUAUUGGUGUUGGCGUGCCGAUUAUUUGAAGCAGAAGGUGAAAGGCAUCAGCUGA